AUGGGGCCAAAGAAGGCACGGUAUAAACCACCCAUUCGGCCGAAUGCGGAUGGAACGGGCUUUGUACGGGAGUCGGCAGGUAAAAUGGAAGAAAACCCGACAAGAGAGCGAGGACGCGAAGGGCAUCCGGGAUUAGGCGCGGUUCGUUUGUCGUUUGAUCUCUCUACCCCAUCGCGUAUGGGGCCUAGUGGUGUGUCGGGUGCGGCAUUAUCUUUGCAAAUACGCUCCAAUAAUUCUUUGCCUUCCAACGAAGCACGUCUCUCUCCGUCUUCAUUUCGGGCCUUGGGUAUUGUAAGUGGAGCAGUGCUGCAUAUUAUUGCAGGUAAUUCUGAGGCGUAUGCAGAGGCAUUUAUUUCUUCUUCGUGCCAUGCACAAACCAUAGAACUUGCUAACGAGGUAGCUGCGGCCCUUGCCGAUAAACAGGUGAAUGUGUCUGUGAUGAAACAACCUCUCCCAUCGGUGCCGCUUGAUUUAGUGGUUCUGGAGAUAGCCUUUGAUCCACCUGAGGAAACAGCUGCGAUGCAGCUGGAAGGAUCGGUGAAGUUCCCGUUUUUGCAGGUGCGUUCUGCCUUCCGGCGUCAGUACCGGAACCGAUUGGUUUACCGAGGAAUGAGAGCGAUCGUGCGUGUUGCGACACAACCAUUUUACGUUGAGGUGGUUCAAUGCGUACAGUUCGGUGCAGAUGUGAAGGAUCAAAUGAAGAAGAAGCAAAUUCAGGUCAUGUUAGGUGUUCUUUUGGAUUGUACGGUGAUACGGGACGGGGGCUGUGAAAUUCAUAUUGAAAAUGAAAGCUCUGAAAGCUCUCAAGAUUUGUUGAAGGGCACAUGCAAUUUGCAACACGUUUUGGUGUUAGGCGAAUCUGGCACUGGUAAGAGUCGCUUUCUUCAUCAAGAGGGUCGAGACGCGGCAACCCUGAAGUGUCGUCACGUGGAGACAAUUUUAGUUCAGGAGCUUCCACAAGGAGAGAUGAGUGAUGUGUCUACAGCGACAGUGUUGCGUGAGGCGUUUGUGCGUUCAAAGGUCGCUGCGCCCUCAACUGUGUUAAUUGAUGACCUUCACCUUAUCUGCGGAACCAAAGGCAGCUCUACAGCAGGGUCUUUGUGGGCGGCAACGGUUGUGGCGGCAACCUUGAAAGAGGAGCUCGAUGACAUUUGGGGGCGUCGUCUUGACGUUUGUGUUAUCGCUUCCGCCACAUCAACAGAGUCCUUGGAUCGCUCUUUAUUAACGCCUGAGCGCUUUGGUAAACGUGUGACGCUGCUCACGCCUGGAUCGGCGGAGGAACGAUAUGUGUGUCUAAAAACAUGUUUAAAGGAGCGUGAUGCACUUGAUAGCGUUUCGGAGGAAACCCUCUUAACUGUCUCGCAGGAAGCCCAUGGUUUCACGCAGUGUGACCUUGCCCGCCUGGUGGAGGUGGCUAUGGUGGAGAAUUUCAAGAUGACGGGAAAUGUAGCCGUAUCGGAUGAAGCUCUACUGGCGGCAGCAAAGUUGGUGCGGCCAUCUGCACUGAAGCAGUUUGAGGUAUCCGUGCCGAAUGUAACAUGGAACGACAUUGGUGGGAGUGAGGAUGCGAAGAAGACCCUACAAGAUUGUGUGGCGUGGUGCCUUGGAAAGCAGCAAUGGAUCUUUCGCAAGUUCAAACUUUCACCACCACAAGGUGUUCUUCUGUAUGGGCCACCGGGGUGCAGCAAAACGAUGCUGGCCAAAGCCCUUGCCAACGAAUCCAAAAUGAAUUUUAUUUCCGUCAAAGGGCCGGAGGUGUUCUCAAAGUGGGUUGGAGACAGUGAGAAGGCAGUGCGAGACAUUUUUACGCGUGCACGUGCGGUGGCUCCAUGUGUCAUCUUUAUUGAUGAGCUUGACGGCAUGUGCGCGCACCGAGGGAGUGGCGGAGUCUCGGACCGCGUCAUCUCGCAAUUUCUUACCGAAUUGGAUGGACUUCCCGCCGCGCUGAACGAAAAAUCCGACGCGCUUGUUUUUGUGGCGGCGACAAAUCGCCCCGACAACAUCGACACGGCUGUCUUGCGGCCCGGGCGUAUUGAUCGAAAAGUCUACGUUGGGUUGCCAGAUGUCUCAGAACGCCGGGCGAUUGUCAGCAUUCAUUUCUCUCGCAUUCCUGUUGCAACGGACCUUGAUGCCGACUACGUGGCCAACAGAACGGAGGGUUAUAGCGGUGCUGAAGUUGUUGCAGUAGUGAAGGAAGCGGCAUUUCUUCGAGUGACGAUGGAUGCAAAAGCCGCACACAUCACCCGGGAGGAUGUUGACGCCGCCCUGCAGAAGGUGAGACCACGCAUUAGUCCAAGUGAUGUGGCUUGGUAUAAGCGGUGGUCGAUGGGCAGGUCUUUGGCUCUCCGAUAA